AUGGCGGGAGAGUGGUUGUGUGGGUUGGGAGAUGGUGGUAGUGAUGGUGGUAGUGAUGGUGGUAGUGAUGGUGGUAGUGAUGGUGGUAGUGAUGGUGGUAGUGAUGGUGGUAGUGAUGGUGGUAGUGAUGGUGGUAGUGAUGGUGGUAGUGAUGGUGGUAGUGAUGGUGGUAGUGAUGGUGGUAGUGAUGGUGGUAGUGAUGGUGGUAGUGAUGGUGGUAGUGAUGGUGGUAGUGAUGGUGGUAGUGAUGGUGGUAGUGAUGGUGGUAGUGAUGGUGGUAGUGAUGGUGGUAGUGAUGGUGGUAGUGAUGGUGGUAGUGAUGGUGGUAGUGAUGGUGGUAGUGAUGGUGGUAGUGAUGGUGGUAGUGAUGGUGGUAGUGAUGGUGGUAGUGAUGGUGGUAGUGAUGGUGGUAGUGAUGGUGGUAGUGAUGGUGGAAUAGGUGAGUGGGUUGAAGAGGGUACUCCCGAUGCUCCCUAUAUCGAGGUUGUUGAACCUUUUGUUAUAUUCAUGAAGAAAGAAGAAGAGAAAGGGGGGUGGUGGGGGGUGUAUAAUAAAUAG